AUUGUGGUUUUCGUCUGUUGUUUUGCGCUGACAAAGUUACUUGCCAUAAUUCGCAGAUCGAUCAGCUCAUUUUUACUCGUACAGUACCUCCUUCUCUUUAUAUGUAGUUUCAUCGACUGGAUUGUCUUUUAAAGUACGUUUAUUUUGGAACUGCAGAAGCUGGAAGUUUUUGCUAACUCAUAAUCCCAUCGUGAGACCUCUUGAUUUCCUCGUCAGUCUCUUGUUAUUUUGGAGGUACAGUAGUAAGACCGUAAGAUUUAAAACUUCAGAGUUUAGAGUCUAGAGUCUAGACCGUAUGAAUGCUCUCAGUCUCUACAGUAGACUUUUUAAAGCUUUCUCAAGACCAGAGGAAGCCGAAAGAAAAAUGGCCAAGGAGGAGUUGCGCCAGCGACAGAAAGUCCAGGACAAACUGCACGCCACCGCCGUCGAAGCAGCCAAAGCCUGGGAUGGUCAGCCGGCGGUGAUUGAGGAGUACGAACGGAAGGCGUACAAAUACGUCAAAGCGCCCCAAUCGUGGCGGUACGCAUGCCAAUACGGCGUGCCGGCAGUGGCCGGGCUGCUCUUCCUCUUCGCCGUCCUGAUGGGCUGGUACGACUACGAGACGUGGAAAAGCACCUGGGCUUGGUUUCUGCGCAUGAUCAAAGCCAUCUUCGUCUGGGAAGACUACUGAACCAACGGUUUCUUCGUCGUUGCUCUUCUUAAAGACAAUGAUGUAAUGCUGGCUUCCCGCUUACUCGGGUGUGUUGAUUUAAGUGUCGCUCACUGAGUUUGCCUUUUGUGCAAUUUUAAUACCGCUUCAUUUCCUUAUGUUAAUAAUUAAUACCAUCAUUGUCGCGAUAGAAAUUAUUUUAUUAUAGUGUAAGCGCAGUAUGAAUACUGUACUGUAUUUUAUUAUAGUGUAAGUAUUGUAGUGUUCGUUUGGGUCGGAAUGCCAGUCCACCAAUGCUUAAUGUGCAUAAAACGUCUAACGUGA